UAUCGCUUUUUAAAAUUAAGUAUCAAAACUAAUAAAUAGAUUGAAGCCCAAAAACAAUCUGUUUCUCUUUGAUUACCGGGUUUGAAAAAUAGAUUUAUGACAGGAAUUUGCCCCAACCGAAGCGCCAAGUUUUCCCUCCAUCUUUUCUGGAACCGACCAUGAUGUCGUCCCUGAUCAUCAGCCGUUCAUCUUCUUCCUCUUGACUUUUCCUCACCUAGUCUAACGAUUUAUCAGGUAACGAUGUCGAGUGCCUCCAUAGAUCUACGUCAGAAACUGAACCAUCAAAUAUCGAUUAUUGGCUGCCAUGAGAAUCCACCAUUGGUCCGUCGUCAGGCGGUCACGCAUCUGCUGGAGAUGAUCGCUGUGUCUCCAGAUGAUGAUACAGAAUUGGCGGGUAGAGAAGAGUUCCCAACCGGUGCUAUACGAGAAACGUUGUCGUCGUUGAUCUUUCAUAUUGGACAAGGCGACGGCCAAUUGCGUGAGUUUCUAUUAGAACAAAUCAGUUCCGACCCGUGUCCUUUGCGGCAAUUGUUUUUGGAUUUUCUGCCAUCUUGCAUGCCCAUCAUAACCACCAAGGAUGACAAUACUGUGGAACGAACAACCUUUCAAGUCAUGGAAUAUCUGCGGACUGUACUGACACGAGAUCCCUCUGCCUUGAUCCCCAUUUUUGGCUGUCUGUCUUCCAUGGCGGAGACAAUGACAAGUGCAGGACGCCAAAAAGCCUUUUCUCUGUCACUCCAAGCAUUGGAGUUUGCAUCGGAAACAGACUUGCCAGUUUUGGUACGGGCAUUGCUCCGCAUUUCUUCCAAUAGCGAACAAGAUGCUGUCAGGGCAUUGGAAGCAUUGCGCACAGAGCUCAUGUACAUGGAAACUUCUACAACUACAGAAUCAGAAUCUGAAAAUGAAGAUGCCAUCACCGUGGUGGCUCAUGUUGUCAUCAAUGCUCUCCUGGAUGACGCCAACAACCAUCAAAUUGCCAAGGCAUAUGUCACAGUCCUGAAAGAUAUCACCUUGAAAGAAGAAGACGAAACAUCAUCCACUACCAAAGACAACCAAGAACAUGACGACCAACCAGAAUUUGUGACAUUAGACUUGAUGGUACUAGUCACCAUCUUUCAACAUCAGGACUUUGUCAACGACGUGGAGCAGCUCCUGGAUCAAUUGCUCGUGGAUGCUACUUUUCCCUUUGCGCUAUUAUCCAAACUCACACUACUCUUAUGUGACAAGAGGAAAAACGGGAGACCCACGUCCAUCCUAUAUCCCAGGAUGAUUCCAUCACUCGUCUCGUUUGCCGUCUUUUUGCUACUGACGCCGGCUCGAACUUCUUCCAACAAUAAACACAAGAAUGACAAUAAUCGUCAAGCGGUGGCAGAACAAAUGAUGAAACAGACACAGGAUUGGAUCCUGAAGCUGCAUCGCGUGGUAGACCGAGACGUCCAGACAGAACUGGUCCAUUUGCUCUUGCAGCUCAGUGACAAGGUGGCCAGUUCCAAUUGGGCUGAUGCUUCAAAACAACAACAAGCCAGACAGCGGCUACAAUUCCAUCAUCCUUCAGCCAUCCCGGAAAAUGACAAAGACAGCUACGAAUGGUUUCAGAUCAUCAUUGCGGAUAAAGUCAACGCGAUACUGCACGAGUUGGCACGGAGCUCCAAACAAAGCUUUGCCAGCUUGAAGCAUGUACUCAUUGGAUGGCUCACAAGUACUACCACAUGCACAGCCACGCCACAGUGGGAGCAAUACUGUAUGCGACGCUCCUGUUCCAUACUCUCCGUUCUUUGUGAGCCUGCUGGUGGUUCGUCCGGGGGGAUUCAAGCAUCGGAGAUUAUGAUUCUGUUGCAAAAGCUGCUGUUUACGUCUUCUUCCUUUUACUCUGCCAAGAAUGCGUUCGUCGUCGAUAGCAGGCGAGUGGUCAAGGGUUUACUGCUAGCUAGGGAAUUGGUCAAGACGGCAAGUCUUGCCCAAGGGGAUUGGGAUUGCAUCAAACAAUGGGUUUUGAAGAUUCUCCUGCCAACCACGAGGCGGAUGGUAGAGCCGGAGAUUGGGAUUCCCGGUUUGGCCUUUUUGGAAACGCUCAUGACCAUGGACAGCGGUGGCGAAGAAGGACUGCACGAACAAGACGAUCACACAACAACGACGCGGAACAUGGAGGCAAUCAAGGAAACCUUUGAACACAUGAAAAUGGUGCUUGCCAACACAGGGCUAAUCCAAAUCCUUGCAUACUAUCAGCAACAGCAGCAACAAGCACCUCGAGCGAAUGCACGACAAAGGGACCCAGCAAUGCUAGCCUACACGACACCACCACCCGACGAAUUCUUGACCCCAGCUGGCAAGAAAAGGAAGAACCGGAAAAUGGCGUUCUGCUUGGCGUUCUUUCUUCGGAACACGGAUGUCUAUUUGUCUUCCCGUUGGUACCACACAGUACACUGGGUUUUCCAUUUGGUAGAAACUUAUCUGAGGGUGGGUCGAACGGUGUCAAUCUCGACCUCGAACGGUGCUACAAAAGAGAAAAGAAAGAAAUCAUCCCAGAAAUGGGUUCCUCAUGGAUGGCUCCAGGCGGCGAUUGAGUUUCCAGCGUUCGUCUUGAAUCACCGUGACUUCGACCCUGAGAAUGCGAAGCAACAAGACGCCUUGGAAUGGGCCAAAACCAUCUUCUCAUGUGAUGAAUACAGCCCGUGUCUUGCAAACGAUGACUCUGCUGCUGCAGGCCUGGCUGACUUGCUGCUUCAAGCAGAGACCUCGAGCCAGUUGAAACCAGUUGUCAAGAGAGCCAUGCUCUUGGGUUUGUCAUCGCUUUUGGCAGUGUCCCUGUCAUUUGCAGUGGUGGCGAAUGCUUACGGACACCUCCAGAAUCUUCCUGUGGACGAAUGUGGGUACGAUGAGAGAUUGGAAACUCUUCGGUUGAUUCAAUUUCAAAUGAUGAAGAUUUACGACAUUCGCAGAAAGAGUGAUUCUGUCGAGUGUCUUUUGAGGUCUGUGUUGCUGGUCGUCCAGAAGCUUGCUCGUCGAUUCGGGAAGGUGUCCUCCGAGAAGAGUCUGCCCAGUGGCGAAUCCAGUGGCGGGCGUCGGUCUCGUGGGCGAGGAGAGACGUGGCCUUUAACUUCGGCAAGAAGAUCGAGUAGCGGUGGCCAGACAGAUGGCGACCAAGAGUCUGAUAUGCAGGUGAACAGGCUCAUGAAGCAACUCACUUCGUCACAUCAAGUGUUUAAGCGGUUACGACAGAAGCUCUUUGUUUCCGAAGCGUUCCUGUCUCCGGAUGUCUUGUUUGUCUGUCUAGCCGAUGCCGAGCAGAGCAACUUGAUGAAGGAGUACAUCGAGGCUUUAUUGGCGCCUCAAUCCUCUUGUUGGAAUUCGGUUGCAACAAAAUUGCUGCAUUUGGCCCACAUGAGGCGAUGUCUCCUUGAGCACUUGGUUUCUCUGAUAUCGUGCAAAUCGAGCAAGGACUUGGAGGCCUUCAGGACUUCAUCAGGGGUGGCUUGCUUUUCGCAUUGCGUCGACAUUGCCUUUCACCUGUUCACGGCUUUGCCCAAACUCCGAAAGGCGAGCCACACACCCCGUAGCAUUGCCAUGAUCGAUCCUCUCCAUGCCGGUUCCGACGCAAUCGAAACGCUCUCCUCGCUGACGAGGACUUACUUUCAGUACAUCUGUGUGAUGUUUGCUGGUCUGGAGACCUCGGAAUCGGUGGUGUCUCCGUCGGCACUAAUUGAUGCUUGCUCUGGAAUCCUUGUUUCAAAGGGUGUAUUGAGCGAGAAGGAUAGGAAUGAUACCAACCCAAAAACGUUUGAAGGUCUUUGGGUUGGCUUCUUUCUGCAGCUUCAGAGUUGCAACGAUGCGGCACUUGCCUGCCAACUACUUGAACUACUGGAGAUUUUGUCAGGUUUGUCGUCCAAAGAAACUGCUGCACAGGAAACUCUCAAUGCCAACUGGAAGGCUUUGCAUACGGUGUAUUCCUGGUCAGAACGAAGUAACACGCAGCGAGAGACACUCCCAUACUCGCUCAUGGCGUGCCUGAGAAGGACUGAAGCGGGCACAUUGCCAAAGACCGUUAGCAGCUGCCUUCAUGACACUGUGUUGAAGCGCCCAGGCAAUGUCAUGGAUAGUGCAGUUCGUCAAUGGCUGCUAAGACACUUGGGACUGCUGUCUCUCGUAUCCCAGAAUGCCGAGUCGGGGACAGGCCAUUUCUUGAGAGUGUUCAAAGAACUGUCCGAUUUGCUAGAUUCGCUGGAUCGUCCACUUGAAUUCAGUGAAAGCGACGAAGAAAAGAAAGAAGAUGGUAGCAAAGACUGGGGUGAAAGAAAGGCCAAGAAAAUCAAGGGCAAUGUUCGUCAGACGGAUUCCUUUGUAAGCGGCAUUCCUGAUCUGCAUGCAGGCUCGUGUCCGUCUGCCUUUGAGGCGCUUCUUCACGUUUCAGUUGGUGGAAUGGCUGUCCUAUCGCUUUCUCGCCCAAUUGGUAGCGAUGUCCUUGGCACCAAGGAGUCGGGCCCCUACAUUCGCUACAAGAACCUUAUGGUGUUGUUUGGUGGUCUUCUGGAGCUGUACGAGAAAAGAGCCCACCUGCUGCCGCGGAGAAUUCUGCCAACUUUGUUCGCGGCAAUCAAGCAUAUGCUCGCUAUGACUGUCUGGCAGCUACACAAUCUUGUUGAAUGGCGAAAUUCCCAGCCAUUGUUGACGCCCGCCGAGAGGGCUCGGGGGAGUUACGAUCAGGGAGACACAAGAUACUUGGAACACUUUAUCAGGGCAUGCUGGACUCACACGAUUGUGCGGCCCCUUGCAUUUUGCGAGCAUGUGAAGCUCAGAGAUCUGGAGACGGCAACCAAGGCGCGUGAUCAACAACAACGAAAGCUGGAAUCCGUGGCCAAGCAACGUUCUCAAAGCAGGAGCAGCAAGCAAACAGACGAUGAUUCAGACUACAGGCAGAGCGAGGACGAAGACGACAACAGCGAGGGCGCCUAUACGAAAGGGCGGACGGUAUCCAAAGAUGGGUCCAGAAGCAGGGUCCACCGAAAAGUCAACGCGCUGCGAUAUGCUAUCGAAAAGGUCUCUCAAGUCUUAGUUAGCAUUGCUUCCUCGCACAAUUUCUCGACGUCUAACUUCGUCAACGAAAGUCCUGAGAGUGUGGUUGAUUCGCCUCGGAAGCGGAAGACUCGGGAGGAUGAUGGUUUCCAUCGACUGGACGGCACGGCAAAGGGCGGGGAAGUCUCUCAUGUUUUGGGUGGUAGACCCGACAAAGGCACUAAGCUUCGUCGACGUUCAAAUGAAGAAGAUUCUGACAGUAGCGACAGGGGGAAAUCGCUCAAGAAAUCAACUGUAGUUUCCAGAAACCAAGGAAUGGCGAUCACCAACGACGACGAUUCUUUGGGCGAAGGGGGUGCAAGUGACACAGAUGAUUGCUUUCAAGUAGGAGAGGAGGACGAUCAAUCGACUUCGAGCGAACAGUUUUGUGUCAGUGGGAAUUGGGGUGAAGAAGAGUCUCAGGCGAGCUCUUCUUCUGGGAGCCAGGGGUUGGAGCUUGAAACUCCAAUCUUUUGAUUGCUACAAGAGUCGUAUUGCCGAGUGGCUACGAUUUGCUACUACUUGUAGAACCAACUGUAAUGUUUCAAUACCGUAGCGAAGAAAUCCUAUUCUUCUACAUUCUUCAUCCAAUCCUCGGACUGGCGACCUUGCUUGCGUUGGCGAAUUGACGACAAGCAUGACAUGGAUGACAUGUUAGGUCUCGACUGUCGGGGAUGCUCAAGAGCACACGGAUUGUGUAGUCAUCAGCUAGCCACUAGCUAGCAAGAAGGUCUUUCUGACUAAGUUUCUGUUACGGCUGUGCAUCAUUAUAGUGAAGGUGUGAUUAUCAAUCAUCGAACUAAUUUGCAUAGGUAGAGGGACAGCCAUUCGCAAGAGCCCACUCUAGAACUUCCAAAUGAUUGUUGUUUUCAGCAUUGUCAAGUGUUGUAGCAUCCCAGGGACAGCCAUUUUCUCUAGCCCACUUGAGUAGUUCCAAGUGGCCACCUUGAGCAGCAAAAGCACAUGUGCAAACAUCCCAUGGACAGCCAUUAUCAUGGGCAUAUUGGAGGCAUGCCAAUUGACCAGUAGAAGCUGCAUACUCACAGUCUUCUUUGUGCCAUAGACAGCCAUUCUCAUGGAUGUAUUUCAGGAUACCAAGAUGACCCUUUUCAGCAGCAUAGCUGCCUAUGCCUUCAUCCCAAGGACAGCCAUUUUCAUGGGCAUACUUCAGGACAUCCAAAUGGCCAUUUUCUGCAGCCUCUUGGCAUGUCAUCUGAUCCCAUGGACAACCGUUCUCAUGGGCAUAUUGGAGGACAUCCAAAUGACCAUUCAUGGCGGCAUCAGCACAAAUACUUUGA